CGGGUCAUGUUAAAGCAACUUCCGUGAGUCGCUCGCUGCUUUGACAUGUACCUUUAUCGGGUCCUGAGAAUCUGCAACAGAGGGCCGAUGCGACUGCGUCUAGGAACAAGGCGAUCAUGCAUGAAGACAAGACUAAUGUUAUUGUGCCUAUGCCAGACCAUGUUCAGCUUAACACGUCCAGCGCGGUGGAUGCCGUGAGUGCCUUUUCUACAUCUUACCCUGAGUUACCACAUCUUCAUGUUGAGUUUGAUAAGACCGGAGCCACUAGCAUAGAGACACUCGGCUUUGAUUGCCCAUCAGUCACCCGCCAAGAGACAAAAUGCAACCAAGACUUUUAUGUUCCGGAACCUGUACUACACAGACCUCCGUGUACACCGGGAAAUGAAACUGUCGUCUCCACAGGCUCCGGCGCACCAGGGGUACCGAAUAUUACUCCGCCAUUAAUCGAAAGACAAUUAUCUGUCAUACCCAAAGAGGAAUUUGUGCCUGUCGAACACCCGGCCAAUAAUUCCCUAGACUCAAUUUCAUCUGCAAUCAUUCCCGACUCAUUUGAAGCAUCAGAAUCGCUGUCUAGUUUGUCUCCUUGCAAGAACAGCAUUAUCAUACCCGAUGUAGCAUCUACAAAUAAUAUUCGUUCCAUCCUUGAAUCCGCCACUGAACACAGCAUGGAGAAUACCGACAGGACCUAUACAACUACUCCUAUCAAGUCCGAAGGCACAGAGGUGCCUGUUGCUGUUACAUAUGCGGACGCCACAAACUUAGCCGCACGAUAUCCAGACCUAGCCUCUCAGAUCCUUGUUUCCCCACUGCGGCAGCGCACCACACGUCAGGAACUUGCCUUGACAGCCGAACAUGAUUUGAUCGAGGAGGACCCGCCAAGCAAGCGAAGGCAUCGUCGUCACCGCAGGCACAGGAGUAAACGUUCUCGGAAAAAUCAAGAAGAAUCGCAGCAACAAAGUCGAGGAUCCUUGCGGACCCCGGGACCUGAUCCUUCUCUAUCCCCCCACAAGGAUCCCAGUCCCAUUUCUGCAUUGGUCGAUCCGAAAGGGACCUCCGGAUUUCAUUCUGCGUAUGAUUCUCGGCAGCCGGUUUGGUUGGUCGAUUCUGCGCUGUCGAAUCCAUCUGUGAAACGUGCCCCGUCGUUCCAGACGAAUCGGCAUAUGGUUCCAGCGACACUACAAGAGAGAACGCGCAACUACCAACGAGAAAGUGGAGACACCAACUGGAACGCUCCCGCAGCCGAAAUCCAGGCUUCGACUUUGCCUCCUAUGAGAUUUGCAACGCCCAAACGAGCUCCUGUCCAAGAACAACACAUCGCUAUGCUUCUACAGAGCGAAGAGCGUGCUGGUGCUACGAAGGCUAUGGAUCUGGCGACUGCUUCUAUCGGGCGACGUUCUAGUAACGCGGAGAUGUUGCUCACGGAGCUGUUUCGCAAGGCGAUGGAGACAAGUAGCCCCUCGGCGACGAAGCAUAAUCCUCUUAGGAAAUGUCAAGCUGAAGGGCCAGAUUCUAUCAAGGUACUCGUAGCAGAGACUGCACACCCAGUGAGUCAGGCGGAGAAGAUCAUGGAGGGAGACUCUCCUCGGGUCAAACUGCCAGCCCCGUCGACGCCUCCAAUGAGGACAUCUCCUAACCCUACACGCAAGUCCCCAACGGCGUGGAUGGAAGAAGAUCACACUAUACGCCAGAGUUACACACCCCCGGGCGCGCGGACGCAAGACCACACUUUACGCCAGAGUUACGUGCUUCCAGCAGCACGGACGGAAGAUGAUUAUAUUGCACACCAGAGUUACUUGCCCCCAGCAGCACGGGCGACAGAAGAUCACGCUACACCCCAGAACUACAUGCCUCCUCACCAGCGCCUUAAUAAGAACAAGUAUAACACGAUAACUACGCAGAAAUUGAAGCCGCAUAUCCACCACCACGCUUCUUCGCUGAAUAGGCAUUCGAACCCUUGCACGCCGCCUUCUCCAGGCGCAAUUGAGUUACUAGAAAGAAGUGAACGUAUCCGUCAUUUAGAACGACUUCUUUCAAAAGAGCUGCCGAUCAGCACCCCCGGGCUUACUAUGCCGUCACUCAAGCCGGCCCAGAUGCUGCAGCCCAUCGGACCGUGGCGAGCUUCUGACGAAAAGGCGUUCCAUGAGCGCGGCGCGAUCAGUCCCGGUACCAGCACCAAUGAGUCCUUAGAUCUCGUGCGCGUAAUGCAGGCGAUGGGCUUGGACAUCUCUUCAAGGAAAGAUACUUUGGCUUCGCUCGGGAAUAGCAAACCAUCUGUGGUGGAGCAUAACAGCUUCGAUGGCGUGCGAAGGCAGUCAGGUACAACGAUGGAGAAUGCCGUCGUGCGGAAUGACUUUGCACGCGCGGUUCGUUCACAGGGCUUGAGGUCGCCACGCGGAGGCGGAGGAUAUAGGAGUGUGAGCGGUGAGUCAUUGGAGACGGACAUACAGUGGACACGCUAUACAUAGAUGACGGCGAAGGUCCUAAUUACUUUGAGACAUCAUCUUGCGACCUCCAUUGGCGCUGGUAAUCUUACAUUGGCCUGUGCACAUCGUAUUUGGGCGGAUGAGGUCGGGUGUACUCAAUCAAUCAAUAUGAUAUGCACCGUGUGGAAU